UCCCCCAUCAGCGCCCACACUUAUAUGGCAGAGGCUUUCAUACCGUUCUUGCCCAUUAGCCACCUUCCUGCUACCUAAUCAUGGCGAAUCGUUUAAUUCUUACCAGCCUCUAGCAUCCUCCUGAAGCCUUGAACCUCUUCCAGCUUUCUUAAACUUCUAGAUUUUCUCAAAGCUACUUUUCCUUACCCUGAGUAUUUUCACUGUACAUAGUAAAAGACGUCUUAAGUUCAAUUAUGAUCAGAAAUUCGAAUUACACAAGCUUUGUUUGCUGUGCCGUUUGUAAUAAAAUAAUCCCACCAGCCCCUUUUGGGGAAACCUUCAAACGGAUCCACGAAUACAAGCCAUUUAAGACACGUUUUUACACUCACAAAGAUAUACUGGAUAUUGGGGCAGAUAUUUUGAAGAAAGAAAAAGAAUUUCAAGAAGCUCUACUCGAAGAACUUAUUGCAAAAGCAGAAGCUGAUAUAUGGGCUCAGGCUAACGAACGUCAAAAACAAGCAGUGGAGAAAGCCCUUGAAGAAGCAAAUGACAGACACAAAAUUAAAAUUCAGAAUCUGGAAGAGGAACAUCAAAAAAGUUUACAGGAAAUGGCAGCCAAAACCAAGAUAGAGAUGUAUCAACACAUGGAAGAUGAACUGACCAGAGAACACUUGGCUGCGGAACAACGCAUGGUCCACAGAAUCCAAAGGAUUAUGAUGGAAUGCCACAGGGAGAAGAUCGCGGCUGUGGAGAAAGCCAGGGCUGAAGAGAGACAGAAGACCCGCGAAGCAGUGCAGGACCAGAGAAGAAAGACCGUGGAGGAACUUGUGAAUACCGGUGUGACGGCUCUGAAUGACCAGUCGAAGAAUAUGAGCUACUUGAUAAGGGAAAAAGAACAUGAACUGAAUGUCUACUGUAGCAUGGCUCAGAGGCAGAAGCAGGAGGAGGUGCAGGAAGUGCUUCAAGAAGCAGAGAAAAUACAUCAGGCCUCGCUCGGAACUGUGAUGGAUAAAUUGGUCAACACUCAGGGGGAGCUGCUGUCCAUAGCGAAGCAACUGGGAAUCAUGACAAACUGGAAAGAUUUCCUGGAGGAGGAAUUACAGGAAACGAGGGUGGCAUUUCAAAAGUACAUCAAUUAUACAUUUCCUAAGCUUUCUCCAGGACAGGCAGAUUUUAUUCUGCCAGAAAGAAAGAAAACACCUUCCAAUCUUAUUGCUCCGGCGGACAAAGCAACUCUUGAUUAGAAGUCUUCAACUGAAAUUUCACUACAAAAGACAUCAUUCCAAAGACUAAAUAAAUUCACUCAAAAACCA